UUCUCUUCUCCGUGUCUGUGCAAACUGCAAACGCCAAGUCAAAGUCGGAGUUGCUUGGAGUCAAACCACGGUUGGACUGUUUCUUCAUCUGAUAUUUGACCCUCAACAUUGUUGCUGUGUUGGAGACUGUGUUUAGUCCAUAUUGAAAUUUUGUUUCAUAAGUUUUCGAUAUAUUUUGAUUGAACGUGUGUUUAUUUUCCGAAUUUACAUAGAAAUGGCAACGGUUUUGUGUCAGCGUCCACGAUCUACUGUGGGAAUGGGAGGAGACAUGAAUGAUGGAUUCUCGAGCUCAAGCCAGACUGGAAGUGAGGAUGGCAGUAGUUCACUAUCGUCCCAGGUGUCGAGCUUGGAAUCGUCUCAAUCAUCUCUUGAAGGAAACUAUUCAGAGGCAAUGGACACCGCAGAAGUCAAACUGAAGGAAGAAGAAACAGCUCAUGGUCACAAAAGACCUGCCCAACUAAUAACUGCUACUGCUUUCAGCUUCUACGAAGAGUCAAAGAAUGGACUUCUGAUCUGCGCUAUUUGUGGAGAAUCCCUGUUCAAUGAAGGAUUAAAUCAAAGAAUUAUGAAACGCCCUGUAAUGCAACCAUCGCCAUCAGAAUCUCCACCUCUCGAAACGGACUCACCUGCAAGGAAGAAAAAGAAACAUUCUGGAAUUACAUCGCUUCCCCGAAAUGCUGUUUGUGUUUUGAACGAGAUGAGACCGGGUUUGGAGUAUAAGCUGGUAUCGCAGACCGGUCCCGUGCAUUGUCCCAUCUUCACGAUGUCAGUCAAGAUGGACGGCCAAGAGGUGAUGGGUCAAGGACGCACAAAGAAGCAUGCCAAGCAGGCGGCAGCUGAGGCUGCACUGCGCACGAUCAUACAGUUGCCUGAAAUGCACGUUAUGACGCUGCUCAAUCCUCAACUGCAAUCAGCUAACGUCGACUUUACCUCCGACUCCAUGGAGUAUGACGGCAGUGAGAACAAAGAUGCAGCCAUGCUAGAAGCGAAGACAAACGCUUCUCCUGGCCUGAAGGUUCUCUCCCGUCAUAUGCUCGGAGUGGAGAAGAGUCCUGUCAUGAUUCUGAACGAGAUGCGUCCUGGCCUCAAGUAUGAGUGCACCUCAUCCUCUGGCGAGUCUUAUGCUAAAUUCACCAUGAGCGUAUGCAUAGAUAGCAAGACCUUCGAGGGCACAGGACCUAGCAAGAAGCUGGCCAAGACGGCCGCUGCCAGGGCCGCCCUCUCUACACUCUAUGACUUCAAUUUCAACAUGCCCGUGAUGCCAGUGAACAGUGCGCUCAACCCCCCACCCCUGCCGUUUACUACCCUCCAGUCCCACCAGGCUGAUAUCAUCGCAAAGCUGGUGUUGACCAAGUACAGCGAGCUAAUGGAGGGAGAUGCGACGCACGCGCGGCGCAAGGUGCUUGCCGGAAUGGUUAUGACACGAGGAGAGCUGACAAAUGCUACCGUCAUCUCUAUCGGCACCGGCACCAAGUGCGUGGGUGGUGACCACAUGAGCGUCAACGGCGCAUCGCUCAACGACUCACACGCGGAGAUAGUAGCAAGGCGGGGACUCUGUGUCUACUUGUACUCUCAACUAGCCCUGCAUUCCAGCCCAGAAACGGCAAGUGAAUCGAUUUUUGAAGUGAAUUUGGAAGGAAAAGGAUUCAAGCUUCGAGAUGAUGUAAAAUUCCAUUUGUUUAUAAAUACUGCACCGUGUGGCGAUGCAAGAAUUUUCUCUCCGCACGAAGUUGAGUGCAGCGGGACAGAAGCCCAGGACAAACAUCCCAACCGCAACUCGAGAGGUCAGCUUCGGACCAAGAUCGAGUCGGGAGAAGGGACCAUUCCGGUCAAAUCCAGCGGUGGUAUUCAGACGUGGGAUGGUGUCCUACAGGGUCAGAGGUUGUUGACGAUGUCCUGCUCAGACAAGAUAGCUCGCUGGAAUGUGUUGGGUAUUCAAGGCUCUCUGCUCUCACAUUUCAUCGAGCCCAUCUAUCUGGAGAGUAUCAUUCUGGGCUCUCUCUUCAAUUCGAGCCACAUGUACAGAGCGGUGUGUGGCCGGAUAGAGAGCACGGUGCAAGGACUUCCACCUCCAUUUCGAUUCAACAAGCCUAGCCUCGGAGUCACCAGUUCACCCGAAACCAGACAACCGGGCAAGGCUCCCAACCACUCCGUUAACUGGGUCAUUGGAGAAGAAAGGGUAGAAAUAAUCAACGCUAUGACUGGUAAGGCCGAGCUGGGAGCUGCUUCCCGACUUUGCAAACAGAGCAUGUUCCGGCACUUCUGUAAUGUGGUGGACAAGCUACCGCAAGCCUCCAAAUUCCUGGGGGAGGUCAAGGACAAGCUCUACAGUGAGCUAAAAGCCAAAGCAGAGGAUUAUCAGAUGGCCAAACAGCAACUGAUGCAGGGAUUUUCCAAAGCUGACCUAGGCUCCUGGCUGAAGAAACCACUGGAACAAGACCAGUUCUGUCUGGACGACUCAGUGUUCAAGCUGCCAAUAUCACUGAGUCUCGCUCAAUGAGUCCAACAUGGAUCAGUGUGAAAAAUUAAAAUCUUGUAGUUGAUAUGUAUAGCUACUGUUCAACUGGAAAAUAAGUACUCACCAAGUAAUGAUUUGCUUGGAGUGUAUAAAACAUGUUAAAAUUUCACAUUGUAAAGUAUAGUUGUCCAAAAGAACUAACAAGAUUAUACAUGUUAAUCAAACCUAGUGAACUUGUUUCAGUGAUUUUAUGGGAAACUACCAAACUUAGCAAUAGCUUUAUUUAAAAAGUUUAUAUUAGUAGAUAGAAAUAUAAAUAUCAGCUUAUUGACAACAUGACUAUUCCUGUUAUAGUCUGUCUUCAAAUCCUCUUUGUCUGUUAUGUCCUAAUUAAAUUAGGUAUUUCUUUAUUGAGUUACGUAACAUUUCUACAAUAUUCUUGUGAUACCCAAAUUAAUUUUUAGCAAGUUUUUCUUCAAUAUUUACAAGAAACUGGGAAAGUUUUUGUUGAUUAUUUCAUUUCAAACAAGUAAAAAAAAAAAAAAACUACCUACUCAGUAAUGUCAGCUACAGUAAUUGUUGACUUUAGCUACACAUAUUUUAACAUAAGAUUUUAAUUUUUUAUAGCAAGACCUUGUGAAAUGUUAUUUUAUUGAGAUUAAUUUUGGUAUUAGUAGUGUUGAUUUAGUUGCAUUGUUGUUACCACUUUUGGAAAAGAAAAUAGUAUGGUUCCUCAUCACUUGUAGCUCCCUAAGCACCGUAGUCAUAUCUCUAGUAUCAAAUACCAUAGUCGGAUAGUGUAUUUUAUCUCUUUCAGUUCAUGUGGACCUUUCCAUGUGUUUUUAGCCACAUGUGGAAGUAUCAAGUAGUACAUGCUUGUAUUAUGUUAAUAUACCUUCAACUUGUCUUGAGUCAGAAUAUUCUUACAGGACAGCAGGCUGUUUUCAAUUGUGUACGUAGAUGCAAAUUUGCAGUGUUAUAUAUCUAGUAGUUUUGUGUAGAAAUUGUAUAUAUAAAUAAAUUAUUUUAGGAUGAUAUGUCUUUUUUAAGAUCUCGCUUACGUUUAUAGUUAAGUAAGAAAACAUAAUGGCUAGAUACCUACUUGUAUAAAUUCAUUUAUGUACUUUUCUAUAAUUUAUAUAGCCGUAGUCUAUUGUUUAUUUUUAGAAAUGAUGUAUUUAGUAGUGUUAUGCUUAUGUUUCUCUGUUGUUUACUGUUAAUUACAUUAUCAUUCCAAUUCGCAUUUUUCUUACCGAGUAUACUUUAAAGUUUGGAGAAAAUGCUUGGUGCUCUCUCUUAUUCUGUGUGAAACGUUAACAUUGUGUAUUAACGGUUUGUUUAUCAGAAUUUGCAAUAAAACACAUCAGUGCCAUUAAAUAUUACUUGUACACAACUAUGUGACCUGUGACCUCUUUUGUGGCCAGAUUGUGAUAAAUAUGUGGUUAAAUUGUUUCGUUAUUACUUUGUCAGGGUUAUCAUUGGGUUGUAUAUGAUAGUGCGAGGAUCGGCUCAUAUUAAGAAAUGUUGUAUUUAAAGUGUUACAAUUAAUACUUUUUGUAAGUAAAAUAAUUAUUGAAGAUAUUGGUUUCAUAAAGUUGUUUUCAAUAUAUAAGCUGUAUUAAAUAUACACAAUUAGUAAAAGAAGUAGUUUCCAAAUGUAAAAAAUGUCAAACAUUUAUAAGGAUUAGUUUAAGAUUUUUAAAACUGAAAAUUCAAAAAUGUUCAAACUGUUUAUUAAUAUUUUUAGAAAAAUUAAGUGAAAGUUAUACCAAUUUUUGGAGGUUUAUUACAACAUUUAAUUUGUUUUAAUGAGUAAAAAUUGCAGCUAAAUAAUUUUUCUUUAAAUAAGUUAAAUUUUUAGGAUAAAUCAACUGCUUACACACCUGGAAUGAUGAGUGAAAGUAGAACUACUAUAAGCUUUAUUGUAUUGAUUGCUGUAAAAAUCUUGUUUAUGAUCAAGUCAAACUAAUCUAAUGCUUAAGAAUUGUUGUAAAGCACUUACAGUACUAUGCACUUCAUCUGUUAAUGUGAAUUGUCCCCAUCUUAGAUAUUGUUAUUCGUAUAGAUAAACCUGUAAGGUCUGUGUGAUUGCUCUGCUCCAACUGAAUUCAAAAUUGUUACAAACCACUCUUGAUCUGAGUUACCCCACACUUAUCUAUCUACACUUGCAUCAGUUUUGCUGAUGAUGGCAAAUGAAAACGAUGAAGUAAAACUGAUCUGCUAACCUAAAAUUUAUUUCACAACAGCAUUAUACUAAUUUAGGCAUUAUUGUAUUUGCUGUAAUUGGUUGAAUUAUUUGUUCAAUAAAUAUUCUGUAACAUAAAUAUUUUUUUUUUCUUUAAUAUAUAUAUAUAUAUAUAUUUUUUUUUUUAUCAAAAUUCCUCAUUUUUGUCACUCCAAGUUGCUUCUGUGAUCCGAAUUUUGUAGAGCAGAGUAGACAAAUGGAUCUUUUAUUUCAUCUGCUUAGCAAUAUUUCAUUAUCUUCAUAAGCAUAACAGAUUCAUCAUCCACAAUGUAGAUAGACUAUGAUUUUUUUUAACUGAUAGUGUUCAUUAAUUUUAGCCUGUACAUAUUUUGUGAAUGAUUUCUGAUUCAUUCAGAAAUAGUCUUUAAUUCUACGAAAGUUCAAAAUAGUCAAUGUCAAAAUAUUUUACAUUUGAAUUGUUAAGAACCUUUUCUUCAUUUCUAAGUUUUAAACUACAUAUUAUUGUGUAAAAAUUGUACUUUUAAUCAUUUUUGGUAUUUGGAAAUCUAAAAUCUUUGCUUAGAUCUGUUAUUACAUAUUUUUACACAAUACAAUUUCUUAAUUUAUAAAAGUUUUAUAGCUUUGAACUGUAUUUUUUUCUUUCCUAAUAUUUUUUUUCAUCAGGUAAUAUUUAACCAGUGUCAACUGAUUUUGUUGAACAUUUGUUGGAAAACCACUAUCAGUAUUGUUCUAGAAAGUGUUCAAAUUGUGUAAAAAGAUCUAAAUAGUUAAAUAAAUGUUAAUACUGUG